CAGCAUCAUAAUACACUUUUCAUUGUUCCACUUCACUUGAGACGCACACAAGAGAGUAGCAUCAAUGGCUUUCUAUGCAAGAAGAUCAGCAAUAUCUCGCGCUUUAAUUUUCACCUUCAAAUCCAACACUUCACCUUUCUUCAACACCAACCUUCUCCAAUGUACUAGUAGAUUCUCCACCACCAACAAUAAAAACAUAGACACCAAAAUCAAUUUCUCUCCCUCGGACUCCGACUCCGACGACGAAAACACCGUCACAACUAAACCAACCGAAAAGAAUCUCCCACCUCCUUAUGACCCAUUCAGCAAGAAACCAGCAAUAGAAGAACCCAAAGACCCAAAAGACUUACAACAAAUCUUCCACAAAAUGAGAAACGGUGAUGGGCUAUUAAACCAUGCAGCUAAGAUGUUCGACGCUUUGUCUAAAGAAGGUUUAACCCAUGAAGCAUUGGAACUUUUCGGUCAGAUCAAAGAUAAAGGUCAGAUGCCGGAUGUGGUGGCGCACACGGCCAUCGUUGAAGCUUAUGCCAAUGCUGGUCAGCCAAAGGAAGCUCUUAAAGCUUACAUGCGCAUGCUUGCUUCUGGGGUGUGUCCUAAUGCUUAUACCUAUGCUGUUCUUAUUAGGGGACUUGUUGGUGAUGGUAAGUUUUUGAAGGAUGGGAAAAAGUAUGUGUUGGAGAUGAUGGAGAAAGGGAUGAGGCCUAAUGCUGAGACUUAUGCUGUAGUUUUUGAGGGAUUGGUUAGGGAGGAGAAGGUGGAUGAGGCUGUGAAGUUGCUGGAGGAAAUGAAGGGUAAGGGGUUUGUUCCUGAUGAGAAGGCUGUGAAGGAGGUUCUUAGCAACAAAAGAGGACAUGUUUUUAGAACUGUCAUAAGCAUUCUCUUUGGAAAAUAGCUUAAGAUGUAUUGUCUGUGAUUAUGUAUGUAAUUUUGGGGUGGCAAAGAAAUAUUUUGUUUUUGUUUCAUGACCAGUUAUAGCAUUCUCUCUUUAAUAAAUACAUGACAGUUUCAGGUGUA